AUGAAGACCUACCAUCAGCUUGCCUUGCUCCUGGCAUCGGCCAGUGGAGCCGCUUGCUUUAGCAGCUUGCCACAGCCCAUGGCAUCUCGGGUUGCGUUCUCGGCAGCCAAAUCCAUUCACUAUAAUGGACCUUCAUCUCCAGCGACGACGUUGAAGACAAGCAUUGAUGCCACUACAGCUUUGGAUAACAUCGUGGAGGAAGAAGAGACUGACAAACCUCCCUUUCCCAUUGUGCUCUGGCGUUUCACGAGACCUCAUACUUUGAUCGGGUCGGCGUUGGCUAUCCCUGCAAUCCACUUUUUGGCAGCCCCAUCCUUUUCAACUGCAUUUUCCACUGCGAAUAUUGUGGCGGCAUUGUAUGCCAUGGUGCCUUCGCUGUUGAUGAACCUGUACAUUACGGGACUUAACCAAGUUACAGAUGUGGAAAUUGACAAGAUCAACAAGCCAGAUUUGCCCAUUGCGGCUGGAAUCAUGUCCAAGAAGACGGGCAUUAUCACGGUACUGGUUGCCUUGAUCAUUUCCCUCUCCUUGGGUGUGGCCCAUCCAGUUUUGGGAUCAGAAGGUUUGAAUGUCGCGCUUUGGGGCUCCUGUAUUCUGGGAACUCUCUACAGUUUGCCUCCCUUUCGGCUCAAGAGAUUCCCCUUGCUGGCAGCCUUUUGCAUUGUAGCUGUGCGAGGUACCAUUAUCAAUGCUGGAUUCUUUGCCCAUGCCCAAUCCGCUGCUUUUGGAGUCUCCUCGGCUACUGCCUUGAACUGUCUCUUUGGAAACAUGAAAUGUGCCCUGUCCAGUCUGUUCUUUGGGAUUUUUGGUAUUGUCAUUGCCUUGAUGAAAGAUGUUCCUGAUGUAAGGGGAGAUGCGAUCUCCAAUGUCCGAACUUUCUCGGUGAGAAUAGGGCAAAAGCGAAUCUUCCAUGCCAUGCGACGACUUUUGACCGGACUCCUUUUCGCCUAUGGUGCUGGUUUUAUGCGUGGAGCCUUCAUGGCACCAUCGGCCCUGCUGUCGGCCUUUCGUGGAGCCAUUGGUGUUGCUUCUGUCGCGGGCGGGUUGUCCGUCCGCAAGGAGGCUCAAGGGGUGGAUCCCGAAGAUCCCAAGGAAGUGUACGGAUUCUACAUGCAUUUGUGGAAGCUCUUCUAUCUCUCCUAUCUGGCCUUGUUCUUUGUGAGAUAG